AUGAGCAAUGUAACUGAAUUCAUCCUGCUCGGUCUAACUCAGAAUCCAAAACUGCAGAAACUCUUAUUUCCUGUUUGUUUAAUCAUCUACUUGAUCACAUUGGCAGGUAACUUGUUCAUCUCAGUCACUAUCUUUGUCAGCCCAGCCUUGGGAUCACCCAUGUACUUUUUUCUGUCGUGUUUGUCCACUAUAGAUGGUUUUUACUCUUCUUGCAUCGUUCCCAAAAUGAUCUUUGACUUGAUCUCUGAGAAAAACACCAUAUCUUUCAAUGGCUGCAUGACUCAGCUCUUUGCUGAACAUUUUUUUGCUGCCACUGAGAUGAUCUUGUUAAUUGCGAUGGCCUAUGACCGCUAUGUGGCCAUCUGUAAACCCUUACACUACACAACCAUCAUGAGUAGACAUCUAUGUACUUUCAUGGUCGGGAUGGCUGGGGUUUUGGGGUUUAUUCAUGGAGGGAUCCAGUUUUUUUUAAUUGUUCAAUUACCAUUUUGUGGCCCCAAUGUCAUUGACCAUUUUGCAUGUGACUUAAUAUCCCUCCUGAAGUUGGCCUGCACAGACACUCACAUUUUGGGGCCCCUAAUUGCUGCCAAUAGUGGAUCACAAUGUUUGAUCACUUUUUUGAUGCUUAUCACUUCCUAUAUCAUCAUCCUGUACUCCCUAAGGCAUUACAGCACUGAAGGGCGCCGCAAAGCCCUCUUGACGUGUGCCUCUCAUGUCACUGUCGUCAUCUUAUUCUUUGUACCUUGUUCAUUCCUGUAUCUGAGACCCAUGACCUCCUUCUCCGCUGACAAAGCAGUGACUGUAUUUUGCACCCUAGUAACUCCUAUGUUGAAUCCUUUAAUCUACACCUUUAGAAAUGCAGAAGUAAAAAAUGCCAUGAAAAAGGUCUUGGGUCAAGUAAUACACGCCAGCAAAAGAUAA